UGUGCCACGUGCAGUUUGCAGUGCCACUGAUGGGUCUGUGGUGCUACAAACUACAUGUGCAUGCUUUUCUGCAUGUGCCCAAGGGCAUUUUAAGGGAGUUGCUUCUUCCUGCUCUGACUUAAGGCCAGAUCCAUUGCCAAGGAAAGGCAGUAGACUUCUUUCCCUUUACUUAUCCAGAGAACCCUUCUCGUUUUGGGAUUGAAAAUAUCCUGGCUGUAACCCAGAGGCAACUGGUUAAAGGCUUCUGGUUUAAAUGCCAGAAGCCACACCAGCUGACCCCAAUGCAGGUUUAACAUGGGGUUUCCUGGUUUCAUAAUAAUACAUCAGCCUCACAGGAAAUGACCAAAGGAAGAGAUGGAUCCUAUCUUUUGGAAAUCCUAAGCUGGACCUUGUCUUUCCCAGAGAUAAACAAUGAACCACUAACACUGAUCUUUCUUUCCCUCCCCCUUUAAGACUCAUGGAAAAGCCAGAAUGUUGAGGAAGAUCCAAAUUUUGCUUGGUGUCUUUUUUGUCUUUGCUUUUGGCAUUUUGUACGAGUUCUCCCGCUACCCAGGCUGCCUCUUCUCAUGUGUGCCCAUUUCCAAGAAGUUCCCAACAUUCAAAGGAGUUAUGAGCCAGGGCAACAGCAUCAUUUUUCUGGAGACCACUGACCGGCUUGAACCUCCUCCAUUGGUUUCUUGCUCUGUCGAAUCCGCUGCCAGGAUCUACUAUGACAGACCUAUUGUUUUCUUCAUGAAAGGGCUGAAAAGCAACAUAAGGUGGGAUCCAAAGAACAGCUCCACAGCCUUCUCACUUUUAUCUGCUAUAAAGAAUGUCUUCAUUGUCCCUCUCCAGAUGGAGACUUUACUCCAGAAGACACCUCUACUUUCAUGGUACCAUAAGGUAAAUGAAACUCAGGAGAAGAAUUGGAUUCACAUCAGCUCUGAUGCCAGCAGACUUGCAAUUAUCUGGAAAUAUGGUGGGCUCUACAUGGAUACCGAUAUCAUCUCUAUCAGGCCUAUUCCAGUAAAAACAUUCAUAGCAGCCCAGGCUUCCAAGGUUGCCAGCAAUGGGAUUUUCAGCUUUCCUCGCCGUCACUCAUUCAUUUGGAAUUGCAUGAAGAAUUUUGUAGAAAACUACAAUGCGGACAUUUGGGGACACCAAGGUCCCUAUUUAAUGACAAGGGUGCUUAAAACCUUAUGCAAUCUUACUGAUUUUAAGACUGUGAAGGACCAAAGCUGUCAGAACAUUUUCUUCUUAAAUCCCCAGCGUUUCUAUCCCAUUCCCUAUCAAUUAUGGGAAAAGUACUAUGAGGUCUGGGACAAACACACCAACUUCAGUGACUCCUAUUUCAGUGACUCCUAUUUCAGUGACUCCUAUGCCUUGCACCUGUGGAACUAUAUGAAUCACCAACAGAAGACAGUGGUUCCUGGAAGUAAUACACUGGCAGAAAAUCUGUACAAAACCUACUGUCCCAUCACAUACAAAAAUCUUAUUCUGGACAGACAUCAGGGAGGUUGCAAGGGAGAAUAAAAGACUGUUCAACUGGAUACAGCAGAACAAGGGACCUUUCCCAUUUGGGUAUUCCUCUGACUAUGACACACUGCUCACAAACUUCUCCUCUUCACCAGUGUGUGCUUCUACAGGUGCAUUAAUGCACUUUAAUUCAUGCACAUUAAAUCUA